GCAGAGCGCUUGUGUGUGCAGGAGCUGGCCUGCUCGUCUUCCAGCUCUUGCCAAGACGGAGUUCUGGAUGGCCUUGUCAUUGUUACAGCAGGUGAAGGCCCCAUCAGCAUCGUGUGGUCACUGGCUAAGAAGGCAGGUGCUGAAGAUGGCGUCCAGAGAGAACCAGGAAGGAUGGCCUAAAAAUGAAAAAUCAAUGUGAGCUUCAAAUGUGGCACAGAAAGAAUAAGGACCACUGUCAUCAUUGUCUGGGCUCAGGACGUCAUGCUGGAAGGAAACUUAGAUAUAGACUCUACUGUCUUAGUGCCAAUAAGCAUCUCUUCUUGGGAACUGGAAAUUUCCAACAAGGAGUUAUUUGAAGAAAAAUGGGCUUCGUAAAUCGACCCCAGUCUCUCCUCUACACAAAGAACCCUUAAGGAUACUAGCAGGGAAGAAGCAAAUUAAACGGAGAGCUCAUCUGCACCUCAGAAAAACAAAAACAUGGCGUUUUGAGGAGUGAAGGUAGCAUGCUGUUGGCCAUGGGUGAUCAAGACACAGCCAGACAAUGUGGACCAAUUUCUUCACACUACGGGUUUUCUGCUGUCUGUUUGCAGUGUUGAUGGUGGCGGUGCUCAUCAUCAAUGUGACUCAGGUGGAGUUCUUGGACAAUGAGACUGUUUCAGCCACAUUCAUCGACAACAGUGGACAGUUUCUUCCCCCACAGGUGACAGGAAUUAGCCGGAAUCCCUACUGUGGCUAUGAGCACCAGGCCCUGUCCAGCCGGGAGCGUGUGGAGGAGGACUCCUUGCUAGCGGCCUUGCAGUGGCAGGUGCCUGGCAUGGGCACAGUCCCCUUUGUUAAGAGCACUGACCCUGCUUCCAGCUACUUUGUCAUCUUGAACUCUGCAGCCUUCUUCAAGGUGGGAAGCCAACUGGAGGUGCUGGUUCAUGUACAGGAUUUUCAAAGAAAGCCCAAGAAGUACGGUGGAGACUACCUGCAGGCCAGAAUCCACUCUCCCAAGCUGCAGGCUGGGGCUGUGGGCAGAGUGGUAGACUACCAGAAUGGGUUUUACAAGGUCUUUUUUACUUUGCUCUGGCCAGGCAAAGUUAGAGUGUCUAUAUCUCUGGUCCACCCCAGUGAAGGAAUCAGAGUUCUUCAGCACCUGCAGGAAGAGAAACCAGACAGGGUCUAUUUCAAGAGUCUUUUCCGUUCAGGAAGAAUUUCUGAAACUACUGAGUGCAAUGUGUGUCUUCCCGGGAGUCUGCCCCGGUGUAACUUCACAGAUCUCUACAGUGGAGAGCCCUGGUUCUGCUUCAAACCAAAGCAGCUCCCUUGCAGCAGCAGAAUUAACCAUUACAAAGGUGGCUACCUGAAGGGCCUCCUAACUGCCGCAGACAGUGCUUUCUUCCAGAGUGGUGUCAAUAUCAAAAUGCCAAUCAACUCUAGUGGACCUGACUGGGUGACCGUGGUUCCCAGGAGAAUAAAAGACACUGACAACCCAGAACUCUCUCAAGGCUCAGGAACUUUUCCCUCCGGGUAUUAUUACCAAGGCCUGUGGCAGCCCAGAAAGUUCAGGAUGCGCCAGUUCAAUGACCCUGACAAUGUUACAGAAUGCUUACAAAGGAAAGUGGUGUAUUUAUUUGGUGACUCAACAAUCAGGCAGUGGUUUGAAUACCUUACUACAUUUGUUCCAGAUUUAGUAGAGUUUAACUUGGGUAGUCCCAAAAAUGUUGGUCCCUUUCUUGCUGUGGACCAGAAGCACAACAUCCUGCUCAAAUACCGCUGCCAUGGUCCACCCAUUCGCUUCACAACUGUCUUCAGCAAUGAGCUCCGCUAUGUGGCAAAUGAGCUGAAUGGCAUUGUGGGAGGUAAGAACACGGUGGUUGCCAUAUCCAUAUGGUCUCACUUUAGCACCUUCCCCUUGGAAGUAUACAUCCGGCGGCUCAGGAACAUUCGUCGAGCGGUCAUCCAGCUCCUGGAUCGAAGCCCUAAGACUGUGGUGGUCAUCCGGACGGCCAACGCCCAAGAGCUGGGGCCUGAGGUGAGCCUUUUCAGCAGCGACUGGUACAACUUUCAGCUGGACACCAUUCUUCGGAGAAUGUUCUCAGGGGUUGGAGUAUACCUUGUUGAUGCUUGGGAGAUGACUCUGGCCCACUAUCUACCCCACAAGCUACAUCCAGAUAAGAUUAUUGUGAAGAACCAGCUGGACAUGUUUUUGUCAUUUGUGUGCCCCUUGGAGACCUAGCCUAUCCUUGAAGGGACUGGAGGAAUCACAUCACUUGCAUCACAGGAAGUUUGUGUGUGGCCCCAUGGAGGGACUGCUGCCAUUGACUUCAAGUAAUGACUUGCAAGGAGCUUAGAAACUGCAGGUUACAUUUAUAUACACCUAUAGGAUUCUUUGCAAAUUUGACAUCAUGGGAGAACCAUUAUUAACAACAUCUAUACACUGUGUUGUCCUUGUAACCAAAGAUGCUAAUGAGUGUAUUUGAACUAACUUCUCUUGGGAGGGGAGAUGAAUGUCCCAAAAAAUGUUCCGCCCUAAAUGGAAGGGACAAGUUUGGUUGACAGUGGAGUGUUCGUAGCUUAUCUAGUAAAGUAAAUUGAGCACAUGUGCAUGAAUAGCACAAGUGGUGUGUCUUCAGCCAGGUAAGCUAGAGAAGGCUCCUAGUCAGUGGCUUCUGUGGACACAUUGAAGGCCGCCUGCCUCAUCUCAGGAGUUUCCCUUAAUGCCCUUCCUUUUCUGAAUUGCUUGAAAAGGUCAGUAUGCUUGAUCAGAAUUUUAUAAUGAGGAUAAUUACUUUUUCCUGCUUUUUUCUAGAAUAGAAGCAAAAGAGAGAAAUAUGAAAUCAGUAUAUAUAAAAUCUGUGCUUUGAAUUGAUAUUUACAUUGGAUGAAUGUUUCUUGAUUCAGCUAAAUUUUACAUAAUGAGUACUUAUUCUAAGAGAAACCACUUUGGAACUGGAAGCGGGAAAUCUAUAAACUGAAAUUUAUUUUUAUGUUCUGAAAUGUUAGGGUUUUGAGAAUUGACUUUUGUGUAGAGAAUGCUAUUGACUGUCAUAAAGUUGUGGAGGUUGUUUCCACAAAUUUGAAGUGUUUCUUUUUUUGUUGUUACUAUCUUGAACUGUUUACCAAAACUAGAAAUUAAGAUCUAAUUAGAAAGUAAAGUUAGAUAUUAAAAUCUAUGAUAGCUGUUUCUUGAUUUGGACAUAAGGUAUACAUUCUCAUGCUUAGAAAUAAAAAGCUGCUAUUCCUUCUGGUUAUCUAAAAAUAAUUGAAUUAUCAAUUUUAUUUGACCAUCUUAUUAAUUUUAAAUGAGUUUAAGUUAACUUGCGAUCAUUUAGUAAGUACUUUUCUUUUUGAGCCACAGUGGAUUACAGUCUACUUUUAGUUGUCUGUAAAUGGACAUGAAGAAGCUGGAGAGGCUUUAGAGAGGAAGAUAGAUGCUUAAAACAUAAAAAAUUUACACCCUUACAAGAAUGGCUCAAAGAAUUUGGGUGUUUAACUUAAACUAGAGUCUAAGGUCUAUGUUUCCUAACCUUGACCACCUUCAAGUCUAUAAAAUAUUUUAUGAGCAAAGAAGAUAUUUAAUUAUUUUCUGAGUCUAAAGAAUAUCAAUUAGUUAACUAUAUCAAGAUAGCUUAACUGUAAUGAUCUUUAAGUUUUAGAGUGCCUAAGGCCCACUUGUAAUGUUUGAUAAAAAUGUAGAAUUAGGGGCCAUACCUCUGGGAAUUCUGGACUCAACCUGUGUGACGAGUGACCAGUGAUUUUGAUGCAGUGGUGCUCAUCGACACUUUGAGAAACCCUGACUAAGGGAAGAGGGAAGAUGAAAAUAGGAAAAGUAACAUUGCUUGUCUGUAUUUUCUGGGGGGUUGCCAAUAAUGUAUGUAAUUCUGAUCAUGAUUUAGUAGUGUAGGUGAUAGUAGCGCCGGGGAACUUGAGUUUGGAUUUGAACUAAGGUAUGUGAGAGUCUAGAGCCCUUUUAAACUACAACUUGCUGAACUUUGUAAAGAGAGGUUUUAUUUUUCAUGAAAGAACUUUUGACCACUUUCUCAAGGAUCGCUGAAGUAGACUGCAGUAUCUUCCUCCUGGGAGAGUUUCAAGAAGAGAGACAACACUGCCGCUUCAGUGGUUUGUACAAAUGAUUUCUUGUGAUCUUGUCCAGUUUCUGGUGUUUUUUGAUUUGGUGACAUAAGGUCCUAAAAGAUUUGAUGACACAGUUUCUUGAAGUAUUUACAGUCAUUUCCUUCCCUCGUCUAGUUUCGCUUUCUAAACUUUAGUGUGGAAAAUUUUUAAAAAAUGCAUAAGUGUAGAGAUUGGAAUAUUACCUAAAUCAUUCUCAGAAUAAUUACAUAAAAUAAUUUAAUUCCUUCUGAAAAGUUUAUUUUAGGCCAGUAUCACAUAGUUGUGAAUAUUAGCAUGCCAACUUAAUAAUACAGCUUGUUAUAAAUAUGUAUUUUCCUUAUAAACAUAAAGGACAUAAUUAAAAAUGCAAAAUAUGGAAGUAGAAAAAUCAUAAUUCUGUCUCAUCUGAUUGUGAUGAGCAUUAGCAUUUUGGUAUAUUUGAUUCCAUGUUUUUUUUUAAACUGCAUCAUUGUAAUCAUACCAAACCAAACCUGUUGCCGUUGAGUUGAUUCCUACUCAAAGUGAGUUGUAAUCAUAGAGAAUACAUCUAUGUGAUUUUUAUUAUAUCUAUGUGAUUUUUAUUUAACAUAUAAAUAUUUUUCUGUUAGAUGGUCUUCAUAACUUAUUUUAAGUGUCUGCGUAAUAGUUCAGCUAAUGCUAUUAUCAUUAUUUAUAUAAAUUGUCGCAUAAUGGUUGAACACUUAGGCUUAUAAUAAAAUAUUAAAAUAUUUAUUAUAAUAAAAUAUUAAAAUACAAUUUCAUUGGAUUAAAAUAAGGAUUUUUAUCUUGAAAUGACAGGAUUAAUUUCACUUGGUAGAUUUCCUCAUAUUCCAGAAUGCAAAUGAUUGAUUUGAUGUUACUUCUGAAACUGAGAAUCUAUUAAGCCCAUAAGGCCCUUCUAUGCUAAUUAUGGAGUCCCUGGGUGGCACAUACUGUUAAGUGCUUGACUACUAACUAGAGGGUUGGCUGUUCGAACCCAUCCAGAGGCACUUGGAAGAAAGACCUGGCGAUCUGCUUCCAAAAGGUCACAGCCUUGAAAACUCUAUGGAGCACAUGCAAAUUGUAUGGUAUAGAAAUUAUACUAUUAAAGUAACCUUUCUUUAGCAAAUACAAAAGAGACCUUCUCUGUUCCAGCAUGAUCCAUAUUUGCCAUUCUGAACAAUUAAAUACCAGUUACCUGACACUUCCUGGCUCAGGUAGUAGGUUUCAGACUGAUAAAUAGGGGUACUUGACAAGAGUAAACAUGGUAAGCCUUUACAUAUUCACGUGUUACGUGCCAGAAGUAAAUCUGUUUCUGAGUCCAAUUAAAGGAAAUAGCAAUUGCUGAG